CUUUCAUUUUCUGACCUCCUUCUUGAGUUGUCAUAUAAUUCUGAUAGGAAUCUUUACUUUGGUUCCAGCUCUGACUGUCUCUUCUCUUCUCUCUCUCUCUGCUCUAGUCGCCGGCCACGUUCUCUUGCGAGCCGUUGCCAUGGAAGACCAUGGUAGUACAUAUCUCCGACUGUUCGUGGACGAGACCACCUUCUUCAACCGCAUUGUGCUGGGGAGUCUCUUGCCGACCAAGAUUUGGGACCCACUUCCCCACUUCUUCCAGACAUGGCUUCGCAACUACAUUGGUGGCGUCCUAGUCUACUUCAUCUCUGGCUUUCUCUGGUGCUUCUACAUAUAUUACUGGAAGCGCAACGUAUAUUUUCCUAAAGAUGCCAUUCCAUCCAACAAAGCCAUGCUCUUGCAAAUAUAUGUUUCUAUGAAGGCUAUGCCAUGGUACACUGCUCUUCCAACUAUUUCUGAGUACAUGGUUGAAAAUGGCUGGACAAAGUGCUUUCCAAGAAUAAGCAAUGUAGGUUGGCUUGCCUACAUUUUGUAUUUAGUGAUUUAUCUUAUAAUUGUGGAAUUUGGUAUUUAUUGGAUGCAUAGAGAGCUGCAUGACAUAAAACCUCUUUAUAAGCAUCUUCAUGCUACCCAUCACAUCUACAACAAACAAAAUACGCUUUCGCCAUUUGCUGGUUUGGCUUUUCACCCGCUCGAUGGGAUAUUGCAGGCGGUACCACAUGUCACAGCACUAUUUCUUGUGCCAACCCAUUUUAUGACACACGUAUUGCUCCUCUUCAUCGAGGGUAUAUGGACAGCAAACAUUCAUGAUUGCAUCCAUGGCAACUUAUGGCCUGUUAUGGGUGCUGGCUACCACACCAUUCAUCAUACGACAUACCGUCAUAACUAUGGCCAUUAUACCAUAUGGAUGGAUUGGAUCUUUGGCACUCUUUGUGACCCCCUGGAUGAUCAAUCGAAGGAUAUAUGAUGCUCUUGCCUUCACACCUGUCCAUCUGUUUUUGAAACUUUUAAGAUGUUAGUUGGAUUGUUUUCUUCUAUGCCGUCUUUGCAUGUAAAUCAUGUUCAUUAUCACUUUCUUUGUUGUCCAUGACUUCAGAAUGUCAAAAGUUAAAUAUAAGGGAGAUCUAUGGUUA